AAAUGACACCUCCUCCCAGCAGUCUCUGGAUCCUGAGCGAGUUGCGCUGCAACAAACACUGGGCUGGCUCCAUACAACAGGCAGCCUGUGUCUGUGCAGCCGAGCAAAGCACACGGAGCAACCCGCCGCCGCACAGGAAGGACAGGAACCGCGGCGCGAAGCUUCCCCCAUGUGAGCACGGAAGCGAGUCAGAGAGCCGCCGAACUACAGAUCUCAACAGUUGGCGAUCAUUUGGGGGAGCACAGGCUGGAGCUGGACAUGGACCACUGGCGCUCCUCUCCACAGCUCCGGAUUUAAUUCGGACUCUGCGCCUCCUUCCGUCUCCUCCCCGAGGUGUGAGCGCGGAGAACAGGUGGAUCCUGUCUGCGUGCGCGCGUGCUGUCCGACCCCUCCGCCGUCUUUAUGGGGAACCAGGUGGAGAAGCUGACGCACAUCAAUUACGCGGAGGUGCCAACGUCGGACCCGAACGGCUUCGACCCAGAUGGCGACGGGACGCGGAUCGGCGUCUCCUACAUUUUCUCCAACGAUGACGACGACCAGGACCAGGACGACAAUCUGGACCACUUCCCGCCGGACAGCCGGCCGGUGAACCACGAGGAGAAGCCCUUCGACCCGGAGGACGAGCUGGAGUGCGCCAUCUACUACCGAGACGAGUGCGUCUACGAGAGGAGCUCCGGAUCCCCGUCCCUCUCCGCGGAGAGCCUCCUGGCCAAGUGCAGGCCGGGGGACCUGCUGGAGUUCGUGGCCACCGGCCAGUACCCGCACUGGGCCGUCUACGUCGGGGACUUCCAGGUGGUUCACCUGCACCGAGCCGAGAUCCAGAACAACUUUCUGACCGACGUGAGCCAGGGCAGGAAGGGCCGGAUAGUGAACGGCCUGUACAGGCACCGUGCGCUCCCGCCGGAGGUGAUCGUGCGCAACGCCAUGGACCACGUCGGCACCAGAGACAGAGACUUGUGCUGGAGGAACUCGGAGUGCUUCGCGGCGUGGUGCCGCUUUGGCCGGCGGGAGUUCAAAAUCGGAGGGGAGAUACGGAUCGGGAAGCAGCCGUACAAGCUAAAACUGCUCUUCUCCGAGAAGAAGAGCCACGUCUUGGAGUUUCAGUGCCUGGAGGACGUGAUCAUGGAGAAGCGGAGGAACGACCAGAUCGGCAAAGGCGCUGUGAUGCAGGAGCUGGCCAACCAUCUGAAUGCCACGCAUGACCUUAAAGAGGAGCGCUUUGUGAAUUGAUAGAAGGGGGGAUCUGGAACUCAUGGGUGACGGAGAUGUUUGACAGGAAGUGUGCUGGGGGGGUUGCGGGAGCCGGCGAGGAGCUGUGAGCCGCAGCGCGGUGGUGUCACUCCGCCAGCGAAGGCGCACAGGGGGGGUGGAAAGUUUGUUUUCACGAGAGAAAAGUCUCUGAUAUCUGGAGUAACACUUGCUUCAAUUCUCAAGCGCUUUAGCGGGGGAAGCUCUCAAGGUUUGAGAAAAAAAAACAAAACAUAUUCGAUACCCUAAUUUGCACUGGCAAGUUAAAAUGACACAAACAUCCUCCAAAAUGGCCUAAAUUCCCAUUUCCUCUCUGUGAUUUACCUCAAAGCACCACUCACUGAGUUACUGUGAUGAAAUUGCAUGAGACCCACUUACAGCCUUAUCAUCAUUUAGGGGAAACCGUAAAAAUUAAAUGAUCCCUUGCAGUGAAUCUUUGCACAUUUGUGUGGAUCUAGAUGAUCCCAGCCCAAGUUCUGAAAGUGUUUGUACCCCCCCCCCCCCCCCCCAUAAAACUCAGGUGCUGGAGACUGAUGCCGAGUGAGAGACGACCAGUAGCUUUUUACCACUGUAUUCUUUAGUGUCCAGGAUUCCCAUUCGUUGCUUUAUAGCCAAUCAUCACGCAGCUUUACCUGUGGACUCUCUGGUUCAUAGCCAUAACUGUGCACCUUUAAUGAUUCGCCACUUUUAACAGUUUAUUUUUGUUGAAAAAAAAAAA